AUGGGGAAGGAAGAGAAGAAGCCGGAGGAAGCCAAGAAGGUUGAGGAGGAAAAGGUGGUGAAAAAAGAAGAACCCACUAACGAUGAGAAACCAACCGACGGAAAGAAAGAAGGAAACAAAAAUGAGGAAGCGCCGCCACCUCCACCGCAAGAAAUUAUCUUAAGAGUCUACAUGCAUUGUGAAGGGUGUGCCAAGAAAGUCCGCAGAUGCCUUAAGGGCUUUGAUGGAGUGGAAGAUGUUACGACAGAUUGUAGAACUAGUAUGGUGGUUGUGAAAGGUGAAAAGGCUGAUCCAAUUAAGGUUCUUGAGAGGGUUCAGAGGAAGAGCCACCGGCAAGUGGAUCUUCUCUCUCCAAUACCGCCACCACCACCGGCGGCUGAAGAGUCAAAGAAACCUGAAGAAACGGAGGAGGUCAAAACUGAAGAGAAAACAGAGGAGCCUCCCGUGAUUUCAGUUGUGUUAAGAGUCUACAUGCACUGUGAGGCUUGUGCUCAAGAAAUCAGAAAGCGGAUUCAGAGAAUGAAAGGAGUGGAAAGUGCAGAGCCUGACCAAAAGAAAUCAGAAGUGACAGUAAGAGGGGCUAUUGAACCGGAAAAGCUCAUCGAUUACGUAUACAAGAGGACCGGAAAACAGGCUGCGAUCGUGAAGGUUGAGCCAGACAAAAAGGAGGAGGAAAAAGGGAAAGACGAUAAAGAAGAGAAGAAACCGGCCGAAAAUGAGGCCAAGAAAGGCGAAAAAGGGGGCGGAGGCGGUGAAGAACCACCAGCUAAACAAGAUGCAGAAGUUGAGGAAGCCAAAAUGGAGUUGAAAAAGAAUGAAUUCUACCAAUACUACCCUCAGAACUAUCAAGUCUAUCCUCAAAGGAUUGUUCAAGACAUGUAUUCCUAUCCUCCACAGAUCUUCAGUGAUGAGAAUCCAAAUGCAUGUUCUGUUAUGUAA